AGCUUUCCAAUGACGCCGAUCUCACACACCGGCAAUGGCAAAAUCCUUAGUCUGAAGUCUGAAGAGGAACAUUUUUAUUGUGAUAUUUUCUGUUUCAAAACAUAUGACAUGGCCAUCAUAUUUAUGACUAAGUUGCUGUCGGCAAACAAACGGAACUUUAUCGUCGUUUCAAGAAAUUGUCAAUCAAUAACAGGUGUAAAGAAAGUAGACGACGUUCUGGUAAAAGUCACCGGCGGCCGGAUAUCGGGGUGGCUCAAGGUUCUCGGCCAGGUGUCCGGACAGACGGAAGUCAGACAGUCACAGGACGCUGUACUUGUGGCUGAGCAACUGUUUGAACAGAAGCAAGAUGAAAGACAAAAACAAACUCGGAGUCUGAAAGAUUUGCAAAAUCAGCUUAAACAAGCUACUGAGGAAAGGGAAUCACAAAAUAGGAUAAGAGGAACGCCAGAAUACAUGAGAAUAGUGGAAAAAGAAAAUAACUUAUAUGGUCAGGUAGACGAACUUCAAUCACUUAUAAAUGUUAUGGAAGAAGAGGAGAGGAAAUGUUUCAUAAAAAUGUCCUCCUCCAUUAGGUCCAGUCAGGCAAUUGAGCGUUUUCAGUCUCGGCGAUCUCAGCAGUUUGGUUAUGUUUUAUCUGUUGUUGGCGUUUGUUUAGGGGGGAUCAUAUCCUUCAUCAUAAAUGAACGUAGGAUGAACAAAGUACAUAAAAUUGUGUCAACAUCAACAGAUGUAGCAGAUGAUUAUAAAAGUGAGAUGGGAAAGCUUCGUGAACAGUACCAACAACAACAGGACAAAAUGUUGGAGCUUAUGACAAGACAACAUGGUAAGCCAGGUAAUGCCCAAGUUCAUAGCGAGUCAUCAAAGUCACAGACGCAAGGUGUAUCAACAGAAAAAUGCAUGCAAGAAAUCUUACAAACUGUCCAAAGUGAGAAAAUCCUGCUGGACAGGAUGGAUAAAGAAAUCGCUGAUCUGAAGAAAAUUUAUGGAUCAGGAAUUAUCAGAGACAGCCAAGGAGGAGCAGUGCAUGUCUGCCCAGAAAUGAAGGACAUUCUGAGUAAUAAUCAGAAACACCUGGAGUGGAAAAUAAAAGUGACAGCAUUAGUUAGCCUUGUGCUUACUGUACCAAUUAUUUAUAUUUUUAACAAAGGCAUUGGGGGCAGUUGAUAGGUAUUAUUGAUGUAGUAAAAAUAUAAGGUUAUGUUUCAGGUUACUGGAAAAAGACUCUUAAUCAGAAAAAAUGGUCUACACUGACUUGAGUUUUCCAAUUUCAAGUCUUAUCCAACAUAAUUCUGUAAUAUUAUAUUACUGAUCAAGUUAUCACAAUGUCUGAAUGCCUUAUUUCUGAUAUUCUGUCUAGUAAUCUGACCAAUACAAUGAGUCCUUCAGGGUGUCAUAUUUGAUAGCUUUGCUAGUGUUGUACUAUUUCCUGUUUUGUUAAAUUUGUUUGUCAGAUAAAGAAUAAUAAAUUCUAGCAUUGUACUUGUACAAGUAGAUAUUAAUUCCUCAAGUCAGAUUGACACCUGUGCAUGCAUUAAAUGAAGAUUUCAUACUGUGGUGUAUUUUUUGCAUACUUCUUCUAUUUGACUUACAUGUAUACCGUCAGCACUAUGAAAUACAAAUAUUCGAAAUGUUGCCAGCAUGUAAAUGCCCACAUAUCUGGUUAAGUAAUUUGGAAUUGUGAAAAUUUUCUUGUACAGGAACAGUGUACAAACAUUUUAAUUACGAUAUCAUGCAACCCACUACUAUCGGUACUUAUAUAGCAUAUGUGAUACAGAAAUGAAACCGGUGGCAUUGGGAUGGAUUUUGAAAAUUAUUUAAUUAUAAGUAAAAAUUCAGAUUGAAGGCACAUACAUUAUAGUUUACAUUUAUUUAUAUAUUGGCUGGAUUUUGAAAUAUAGAGCUCUGUUGGUUUUUCCUUCAGUCAGUUGCAGCUUACUGUGCGUAUGCCUGCCCCAGUGUGACAGUGUUGCAAUAUACAUAAAGUUCAUUCCUUGUAAA